AUGUCUCGACUAUACGAAGUUGUUUGGCCAUCGUUAUCGUACAUCUAUAAGAGGCCAAAAAACUUUACAGACGACUGUAACGAUGAUCGAAUCAGCAAAAAUCAUGUGCCAAUUGUUUACUGUGAUACGAUAUGUGUUUCUAUGUACGAAGCCCCAAAUAUCGCAGGUGUUCGAAUUGGCGGUCAUAUAAGAGGUUGCAUGAAGGAUGUACUUAUUAGAGGUUUUAACGAGACGAUCGUAAGCUGGUACCGUUGGAUGCAUAGGGAUUCGUGUCGAUCGUAUAGGAAAAAGGAACUCUUCAAGCUAGAAGGCGAACAGAUUGACGAAUCCACUAUAGAUGUCUGUACGUGCUACGCGGAUUACUGUAACGGAAAUUCUGGACAGCACCCGAGUGUUUUAUAUUUGGCAAUGAUGUUAGCAAACGCAGUUUUGUUACUAGUAUUUUUCUGA